UUGCUCCACCAAUUUUGGUUGAAUAGUAUGGAAAAUUAUAUAUAACCUUCCCUAAUUGUAUUUUGUGAACACAAUUGCAUUUCAUUUGAUGGCGUGCGGCACAAGCAAUUAGUCUUGUGCUUUGAAAAUAGAAGAAACUGUGAGAGAAUUUUGGCGGGAAUGAGAAAUGGAGGCCCGAGGAGGCGGAGAUGGAGGUUUUAGUCCACGCGCCACCGUAGAAGAUAUCCAGAGACGGCUGCUUCGACCGUCAUCGUCACUUCACUCUCCUCCACCGCCACCGACGCCGUUAUUCUACUUCUUUCAGUUUUCUCUCGGUAAAAAUGCUCAAGACCGAAAUUCCUCGCAAUUCGAGGCGAAUUACAUGAGGCUGUCCCGGAGUCGAGAAAUAUCAAGCAAGGAGAGGAAGCUCGAAGAUUACUUGGAUCCGGUUCUUCUCUCUGCAAUUUCUUCGAAGAUCAAUCGGUUCGAAAAGAUUCCUAGGAUCACGGUGAAGAGAGAGGUUAGGGAUUUCGAGUGGCAUGUCGAUGAAUUGAGGAUGUGGACGGAGGAUACGGCAGUUGGAAAGGAGAAAAUUGAUGCUGUUAAUCUUGGUAAUGACUCUGAUAAUCUCAUAGAAAACGAUGUUGACGGAGAUGUUAAGUUUUCUACUCCGUUUCAAAAGUUUGAGCAGAAUGCAUUGGUACUGUUCGAAUUAUGAAUUGAAAUUGAAAUAUUGACUAACAAAUGUACGAAUGUAAAAAGUUGAAUAGAAAUAAAGAACAUCAUAGGCUUCUGUCUGUUCAU